AUGGCGGAGAGCGAUCAUCCCAGACUGAUACAGAAUUUCCUAAGCACUGAAGAAUGCAAGGAACUGAAUUCAUACCACAAGUUGCAGCACAUGGGGUAUAGACCCAACGUCUUCUCAACCACUCUUUCUCAUCUCAUCGCCACUAAUUCUGCUCAUUUCAUCAUGCCUUUUGUUCCCAUCAGAGAGAGAUUGAAAGAAAAACUUGAGGAGUUUUUUGGCUGUGAGUAUGAGCUUGUUGUGGAAUUCACCGGCUUAAUAAGCUGGACCAGAGGAGCUAGCAUUGGGUGGCACAGUGAUGAUAACAGACCCUAUCUCAAACAACGGGACUUUACGGCAGUCUGUUAUUUGAAUAGUUAUGGAAAGGAUUUUGAAGGAGGACUUUUUAACUUCCAGGAAGGAGAACCAAAAACUUUUGCACCUAUGGCUGGAGAUGUUGUGAUGUACACAGCUGACAGCCGCAAUAUUCAUUCCGUUGAUGAGGUAACGGAUGGGGAAAGACUAACACUUACAUUAUGGUUCAGUCGUGAUAGUUCCCACGAUGAGGAUGCUAAACUUAUUUCUAUUCUUUCACAACAAAGCGUUCUGCAUAGAUCUGAUAACGUGUUUGAUACGUGCCUACCUUUACCAGCAUCCAGUAACAUGUACUGGUUUGCUCCCAAUCAAUCUUCUGAUCAGGAGCUAGGGUUUAACAUAUGCUGGGCAAGAAUGCUUGUUCUGGGAUAUAGUAUUUAUUUUUCUCAAGAUAUGGACAAUUUCUCAGAUUUCUCUGAACUACUGUUGGAGCCACUGCAAUUAGCUAGGGCAGAUGAGUUGUUCAGCAAAGAGUUCGUCAACAUUUUGCAUGCACUUCAGGUAGUGCAGUUUUUCCAUUGGAAAGCGUCUGAAUUCCCAACUUCCAAAGUUGAAAUAGGAGCUGACAAAGUGUUACAAUUAUCACAAUCACAGCGGGAGAAAAUCAGUGGGCUAAAGUCUACUUUUUUUAAGGAUGAUCUAUGUGCUGGGUCAGCUUUCCACCUUGUCUCUAUCGAUGAGAAUGAGCAGCAUUCCUUUGAUUGGGCUAAAUUUUCUGCUGCCAUUAUGGCAUGGGAAGGUUAUAUCUGCAAGUUACAUAAAGAACUACUAUUUAGUUUACCAUGUUGGAGAACUCAUCAAUCAAUUUUCAGUAUUCCAUUUAAUGGGUCUCGAGAAGAAAGGCCACAACUAGCAAAUCAGAUAUUCUAAGCAGCUUCAUUAAGCUUUCUGGAGAUGCUGCAUUGGUGCAAAAUGUUACCAAAAGCAUCAUAAUUUAAAAUAUGAGCUUCACUUUGAUUGAUUUGCUGAGACAUGAAGCCUUGUCCAUCAUAGCAAUUCCACUGGAUUCCGCCACUUUACAUCUCCUCUCCAAGCCUUUGAUCCUCCUGCAGUUGUUAAAAAUUCAAUUCCUGAGCUACUUGUAUGUU